UUCGAUUUUCUACGUCUUUUUUUUACAUUCUCUACGCGUGUCGACAUUUCUGCUGCCAUGCCUGCUGCUGAGCUCGCAUGCAUGUAGAGUUGGACGGACGUGGAGUGUCUUUUCGCGAGAGUUGUCAAGUGUGCGCUAGACGUGGCCGGUGAAUCUUCCCUACAAUGUACUCCAGGAUCCUCUCUGUCGCUAUCCUCGCCCUGUCGCUGAGCCUUGCGCUCGGCGAGACUUGCAGCAAUGCUAAGGUCAAGGGGGCGACGUCCUACACGACCACGGACGCGACGAUAGUCAGCCAAAUUGCCUUCGUCACCGAAUUCUCUCUGGAGUGCUCGAAUCCCGGGGCUGAGAGAGUCUCCCUGUUCGCCGAGGUCGAGGGUCGUCUCAUGCCAGUGGCGACGAUCGGAGACACCCAGUAUCAGGUGAGCUGGAAUGAUGAGGUGAAGAAGGCGCACAGCGGAGACUACAACGUGAGACUGUACGACGAGGAGGGAUACGGAGCUGUGCGCAAGGCGCAGCGAUCUGGCGAGGAGAACAACGUGAAGCCCCUGGCCACGGUGGUCGUGCGCCAUCCGGGCUCCUACACGGGCCCAUGGUUCAACUCCGAAAUCCUGGCCGCCGGCCUGAUCGCCGUCGUGGCGUACUUCGCCUUCUCCACUCGCAGCAAGAUCCUGUCGUAAAGUCGCGGGGCAAUUUCACACAAAUGCAGACAAAACUAUUUCUGUGAAAUAAACAUUAUUUAUAAUUG